AACGUCAGGGNAUACUUCCUGAAAAAUUAUCAAGCUUUCUCAGCAUUUUAUCUGCUCACAGCAACGUGUGGCCAGGUCACCGCAGCAGGGGGCCGGGUGAUUGGUGGAAAGGACGCUACUGCAGGGGAAUGGCCUUGGCAAGCAAAACUGGUUACCAGGGGUACAGGGUUCACUUGCGGUGGCUCUCUUAUCACACGUGACUGGGUGAUGACUGCUGCACACUGCAUCUCAAGUAACGAUCCCACUGCUUAUAGCGUGACGCUUGGUGAUCUCAACAGGGAGCAACCUGACGGUACUGAGCAAAACUUUAAUGUCAAACGUGUAGCGGUGCAUCCUAAGUACAACUGGCCAGUUCCUAUCAAUAAUGACAUAGCUUUGUUACAGCUGACAAGGCCAGCCACUCUAAACUCUUUUGUGAACACCGUUUGUUUACCACGUUACUCUGAGGUGGUACCAGCUGGGACCAAGUGCUUCAUUUCGGGUAAAAUUUAUUCAUUUAUUAUUUAAAACUCUUUGGAAAAAUUGACUGACUGACUCACCGUCGCUGGUCAACGAUCCACUUUUAAAAUAACGUCAGGGUUGUCUCAAGAAGCCAAAGGGGUUGGGGUCAACUGUUGCAGGCUGUUAUAAAAGUUGUUUUCCAUCCUUUUUCGCCGUUCCACAUUCAACAGACCUUAUCCAGGAUGCCGGACUAACUUUUAAUCACGUAGGGACUGAUGGAUUGAAACAGUAUCUCUACGUCUCUCAAUUUCUGAUGUAAGUUGUUUAUUCAAUUAAACAGAGGAAAUAAUUUUUGCCAUGCAAAAAGUUUUCGUCCACUUUCCUGUCAAGGCUGUCAUUAUUGCUCGCCGCUUGUUCGGUCCUCAAUUUGAACAAGCCAGGGAUUAAAAGAGGUAUUCCAUGGUUCAAAGGCAAGUGCAACACAACUAUUCAUUUCUAAGCGUAAUAUCCUACACGAUGACUUCAUGCGACUUGUCGCGGGGAAGAACGUUUAUAAUAAUGUAAGCAAAAAAAUCAUUAAUAUAUGGUCUGAUGGAUAUAUUUACUCCCUCCCUUCCCAUUUCCAUGGAUUGGGGUCCUUAAAGAGGUCCCUGAAAUUAAAUGAAAUUCUCGCUUUAUUCUGUUUAUAGGUUGGGGACAGAUGGAUCAUCCUGGUUCUGCUGCUACAAAGCUGCAGCAAGCUUCAAUGCGUGUGGUAUCCAACCGUGUGUGCCAGACCAUGCACAUGAACUCAGCCAUUAACGCUUCAACUGCUGUUACUUCCGCCAUGGUAUGUGCAGGGGAUGCUGGGAAGACUAUUAAGAGUGGCUGCUUUGGUGACAGUGGAGGACCCUUUGUUUGUCAAAACUCCGCUGACCAGUGGAUACAGCAGGGUAUCGUCAGUUGGGGUGACCCUUCGUGCUCCUCUGCCAAUCACUACAGUGUGUUUGCUCGAGUCAGUGCCCUCCGACAAUGGAUCGAUGAAAUCAUAAACGAGUGAAAAGAGAUUUGCAAACGAGCUGCGAUCAUCAUAAAAUCUGUAUUAAAAUAUAGCAUUAAGAUCCAAGAGUGUUAUAAAAUAUUUAAAGAAUGCAUUAAACAAGUUCUCUCUCUUGAGUUCUAAAUUGUCUACACGGCCGACAUACAUCUGACAAGGCAAAAAGCUUCAUUGAACGAAAAGGCGGUAUACUGCCGCCGGGACUAACAUGGUCUUGAAAGCUUUAGAUAUGGCUUAACCGCCUGAGGGUUGCCUAUUGUUGGUAGUGUAUUUCACCUCGUGGUUCUGUACCAGCUGUCCCUCUCAUGAUGCAUUAAAUCAUUAAAGCUAAAUAAACCUGUCGCGUCGUAAUGGAUCCGCACUAGCGUUUGUACGUGUUCCAUUUAUGUUUCAUGUAUGCAAAACGAAGACAACUGCGUUAGGAGUGCCGGAAGGGAAAAAAUGCGAAAUUUGUAAACAUGAGAAAAACUGGCUGAUAGUUAUCAACAGAAGCCAAUUUUUUUUAGUUUUCAGCCUUUGGCGAUUUUUUUAAGGUUUUGACCACGACAUAAAAGUAUAUCUCACAUAAUUUAAGGUGAAACACAGCAAAAGCUUUGGAUGAUAAAGGAUGAGGAUUAACUGUCAAGUUUUGUCGUAUUCACCAAUAGGGCGUAACAUUCGGUUUAUUAGUUUGAUGAUAUUAAUGCCACAGUGGUAAAAUGAUGGACAUAAAAUGAAGAAAGCCAUCAGGAGAAAUAUGUUUUAUUACUUAUUAUAAUUUUUUGCAAAAGAAGCAAAGGAAGUUUAUUAUAUUUCACCGGACAAAAAGCGUUCGUUAGUUUGACAGGUAGACGGAUCAAAAAGCUUCCUACCAUGUAAAAAAAAUCCAGCACUUUUUUUUCACAAUUUAUUAUGCGUGCUUCUGAGUUCCCAAUAUCGCUGAUUCUGGUAUAACGUUUUUGGAUUCAAGUAUCGUGAAGUCAAGCCUUAAACUUUGAACACGAAAUUGCUUCUUUAAUAAAACCAUUAAAUCAUCUGCCGAGAACUACGUCGCGUUGUUUUUACCUCUUGUGCAAAAAACUGUAUGGCUGACAAUUCUUAUCUCACUAGGUUUUACAUAAAACAGCAAUGAUGAUCUAACAGCAACCUAAACCAUAGAAGAAAAAAGAAAAAAUUUAGCCAUAAGGUUGAAAGAAGAUAGCCGACUGAUGGAAAUGACAAUUUUACGGCCAUCUGGUUGGUUGUUUAUAGAUAAAGGACUCUCUUGUGAUGAAUUGAUCAGUCUGAAACGAUUAUAUAUAUAUAAAACCUUAUAUUAUAUAUUCAUCAGAGCAAGCGGUGAAAAAAAGCCUCGAGGACAAAGCGCUCGAUGUUUGGUUUCAGGGACUUGCGAUGAUAAAUUCACCAAACUACUCCAAAGCUUAUGCCAUACUGAUCAUCAGUGUGAUCAGUUUUGCGGCUUUUUUAAGGAUAAUUGAAGGUAACAUGGAUAAACAUUGAUAUUUAUCAAAACACACAAAGCGUAUAGUUUAUUAUAGUUCGAAAGCGACGCCGUAAACUUAAAACGCACCUUUCACGGAAGGUUUUACAGGUUGCUCUACAUACAUAUCCAGUGCUCUGCAUUGGUUUUUCGGUGUACUCUCGGCGCCUUUUUUUGUCAUGUGUAGAAUUCUGCUAUUAUAUUUCGAAGUAGGUUGUUACCGAAUGUAUUUUAUUAUUGUGCAUUUGAUUUCCUUUAGCACCUAAAUUAGAAACAUAAUUAUUUUUCAUUUUUUUAAUAUAUUUAUCAACUUUUGGAAGGCUACUCGUGAAACUCAUUCCUAAACCUGCUGGUUAAAGGCCCUGAAUAUAUCUCAAAAAUUCUUUUAUAUAGCUGUAAGGACAACUGUGUAAUAGAUAUUUCGACUGACCCUCCUCCGUCGCUGGUCUUGUGAAAUUUUUUAGCUACUGAGCAAAUUUUAGGGAAUUUACUAGCUCUUUUCUCAGCAUUUGCCACAACACAGGUUAACCAAUUGCUUGUUUUCUUCAUAGGAAACACUAAGCAAUUUUAUAUCACACACAAGAAGUCAAGUUUUUAGUCCGAUCAAGUAUUUGAAAACCCUCUCGAACGCUAGUUAUUAACUGAGUAGUGGCAGGCUUUUAAUCAAGCCAAGUAUGAUGGGUAAAUUCUCCGCAUGGCAGCGAACAAAAGCAACUCGGAUUUUGCUAGAUAUAGGGACGAUUUUGUUAGUUGCUGUGAAAAAAAAAACUGACUACGGUAACGCAAAUAUUGUACACUCUGAAAGGGCCCAAAGUUCAGGGACCUCCUUUUUCCCUCCAAACGAUUUUUGAAUCUUUAACUUAGAGGGGUUCCCUAGAAGAUGUAAAUGUUUUGUCAACGGUUAGUAUUUUAUGCAAAUAAUAAUAUUUGGACAUUAAUUCCUAGAAAUUUGUAGCAUCCUAAUGUCUCUAACACAAGCUCAUGUCCGGUAUUCAGGUCUCAUACGGUUAAGUAGCAAAUCCGGCUGCUUAUGGAGACUUUUUUCGUUUUGAGAGCCUCUCAUUUCACUCAGAGGUUUAUUUUUUUUUUGAUGUUUAAAGUAUACGAAACUUUAUAAGGAUUAGGGAUGAAAAUCUGGAAAACUGACAAUUUUCACGAUCGCUUUAUUUGACUGUAAUGGCUUUUCACUUUCUUUUCUUCAACCAUCCCGGCUACGUUUAAAUUACAAAAGCGAAAAUGUGAUCGCGGUGUCAUGCCUCAAAGCCCGCCACAUUAGACUGGCUUAACACAGUAACUGUUAUCUGAUUCUCCUUAUUUUCUAGCCCGGCAUCACAUCAUUAGCCGUGGUCACCUCCCCCCAGAGGAACCGCACGACUUCACCGAGGACAUUGAACCAGCUGUGGUAGAGUUACGUGGUAAACCUUCAUCUCUGACAGAUUAUACUAGUUACUGAAUUAUGAAUAACGAACUACGUGGCAGACGUCCCAAAAGGAAAGGGGGCAAGACAUUGGGGCUACCGACUCGCUUUACCCUUCCCUUUCGAACACCUGCGAUGUAGGCUAAAUUAUGAGAGGUGUUUAUUCCUCACCUUAGUUUUAAGAGCUGAUUAAUGAGAGAAAAAAUCUUUCUGACAGACCUCUACAUGUUAUUUGUGGAAUCAAUGCCGACCCUCGUAGGUUAUUUUCUAAAGAAGUUUUUGUUUUUCUUAAGGGGCUGGAGAGAAGACAGCGGAAGGAUCAAGGCAAAAUCGGGGUAAAUCAGAAUUUACCCACUUUAUGUAAUAAUUUCGACACGAUAGGAAACUAGUUAAGCCACUGGCGACCAAGACUCCAUGACAGCCGCUAGAAUCUUCCAGUUUUUUUUUAAGGACAACCACUCAUACUGUUCUGUAUUAGUAACUGCAAUGAUAUUUACACGAAACAAGUAUCCAGUCAAGGGAAAAAACUUUAUGAUCUUCUACACGACGCAGUAAGUAAAGGUCACCGUAUCAACUCCGAGAUCCGUCGGAAAUAAUUUUUCAGAUUGUACGUAAGGCGAAUCUAAUAACUGCUAAUUAUUCGGCACUACAGUGAGACAUUUUCAAUGUAUUGAAAAGCAUAGCACCGAUGCCGUGGCAUUACCAUACUACUGAUACUGAACAAAAUGAGUAUUUGUAGUUUAUUAUCUUUUUAGGCACACAGGAGAACAAAAAUUUAGGAAAUACGGAAUAUCAUAUGCCACCCCCAAUUGGACCUAUCAGGGAUAUAAUAUCACUACCAGCAGCAACCCUAAACCAAGGUAAAGAAAUCAUCAUCCAUUGCCGGCCGGGCUAGUGGGCCUCAGUUUGGUCAGUUUACUUAAUUCCCAGAAUAGAAAUACAGCUAAUGUUCCUGGCACGGGAUGUUCUUGAAAUUAUACAUUCGCCGUUUCAGUUAAGUAUAAUCCUGAGAAACGUUUGGUUCUAGGUCUCUAUAGAUAAAAUGUCGAUCAUUAUGAUCAUAAGUACUAAAUAACUGGAAAUCAAUGUUUGACCAAAAAUUCAAACAGUGCUGAAGGUGAUCGUUCUUCAGAAGCAUUUACUGUUUGUCUCUGCUUGUUUCACACAGCAAGCUGUGGUUACAGUUCGACUUCCUCUUCACGUGUGGUGAAUGGAGCCGAUGCAACUCUAGGAGAAUGGCCAUGGCAAGCUCGAUUACAAUUCAACAACAAUCACUUGUGCGGAGGUACACUGGUGGCGUCAGAGUGGGUAAUGACCGCUGCUCACUGUGUGUUAGAUGAAGAUACCAGCAAAUUCAAGGUGGUGAUUGGUGAUGUGGACCGAUAUAAGAAGGAGGGUCUGGAACAAGAGUUUAAAGUCAAGAGCAUCAUUAAACAACCUCUAUUCUCCCACCCAGUCCCAUAUGAGAAUGAUAUUGCAUUAUUUCAUCUGUCUAAGCCUGCCAAACCAAGCGAUGCUGUAAAUACAGCUUGUUUACCUGGAUUUCUCCAAGAUGUACCUCCCGGGGAUGAAUGUUAUAUCACAGGU